AUGCACGCCGUGGCGGCGGCGCAAGAGGAAGAAACCGCGGCGGCGGCCGAGGCGGACAGCAACGGCGCGGCGCUGCUGCUGAAGAAGCACAGCGCAGUUUUCCGUGACGAACUGGGCCAUUGCAAACAUUACAAGGCUUACCUGCACUUGAAGCCAGGCGCGACGCUUGUAUUCCGGAAAGCUCGAUCAGUGCCAUUUGCCUUUCGCGAAGCACUGGAUCGCGACCUGGAUCGCCUGGUGGAGAGGGGCAUCCUUACACCAGUGGAACGGGCCGACUGGGCAGCUCCAGUGGUGACGGCGCAGAAACGGGCUGGAGAAAUCCGCACCUGUGCCGCCCUUAGCACGGGACUCAACGACGCUCUCAACGUCCAGCAGUACCCGCUGCCGACGCCCGAUGAGCUGUUCGCGAAGCUGAACGGAGGGAAACAGUUCAGUACGUUGGACCUGGCGGAAGCGUACGCCCAGGUGGAGCUAGAUGAAGAGAGCAAGAACCUGGUAGUGAUCAACACGCACAAGGGGUUGUUCCGGUACAACCGACUCCCCUUCGGUGUCGCCUGCGGUCCCUCCGUGUUUCAGCAGAUCAUGGAAAGUGUCCUCCAGGGAUGCGAGGGAGUCGCCAUUUACCUCGAUGACAUCAUCGACUCCGUGGAGUACCUGGGGUUCGUGGUGGACCACCGAGGUCGCCACAUUUCCCAGGACCGCGUCAAGGCACUCCGCGAUAUGGCCCGGCCGACCAACAUCAGCGAACUCCGAGCGUUCCUGGGUCUGGUCAACCAUUACGGGAAGUUCGUACGCGACCUGUCCGGAAAGUGUGCGCCGUUCCACAAUCUCCUGAAGGCCGGAGUCGCCUGGUCCUGGUCCAAGGACUGCGAAACGCAGUUCCUCUCCUUGAAGGAGCAGAUUGUCCGCGCGACGUUCCUGGUUCAUUACGAUCCCCGGAUGCCGCUGGUCCUCGCCGCGGACGCGUCACAGUACGGCGUUGGCGCCGUGAUCUGUCACCGUUUCCCGGACGGAACGGAACGGCCAAUCGCACACGCCCCGAAGACGCUCACAGCCGCCGAGAAGAACUACGGCCAGAUAGAAAAGGAGGCCUUGGCACUGGUGUUCGGGUGCCGGAAGUUCCAUCGAACUCCUUGGACGAUAUGA